AUGAUACCGAAGACUGAUAGUGAUAAUUUCAGCGUUGGCGACCAACAUCGCGGUGGUGCGGGAUCUAUUAUGAUGCCGAACGCUACAGGAGCCGCUACAGCAAACCCCUUCGAGGAACCCCAACGACGUAUUAAUGAAUACACCGCACAAGAAAUCGCAACACUACAAGCCCGUCUUGAUAAAAAAUUGGGCCCUGAAUACAUCUCCGCGCGACCUGGUGCUGCGGGACAGAAAGUGCAUUAUCUCUCCGCGGAUAAAUGCAUAAACCUUGCAAAUGAGGUGUUUGGAUUUAAUGGCUGGUCCAGCUCAAUUCAGACGAUUCAGAUUGAUUUUGUCGAGGAGAAUCAAAACACAGGCAAGAUCAGCCUGGGGCUCUCAGUCAUUAUAAGAGUCACCUUGAGGGAUGGAACAUUUCAUGAGGAUAUUGGCUACGGGCAUAUUGAGAACUGCAAGGGCAAGGCCGCAGCGUUCGAGAAGGCCAAGAAAGAAGGCACAACAGAUGCUUUGAAACGUGCAUUGAGAAACUUUGGCAACGUGCUGGGUAACUGUAUCUAUGACAAGGAUUAUGUGGCCAAGGUGACCAAAGUCAAGGCAGCGCCUGGAAGAUGGGACGUGGAGGAUCUUCACCGUCACCCUGACUUCGCGCCACCUAAAAAACAGGCGUCUUUGCCUAAACGUGUACCGGAAGAAGAUGAUCUACCACUACCUCGUCCUAUACAUCAAGCGAGAGGAAAUAAUCCCGGGAAUAAUGCAUCUUUUGAUGGGGAUGGAGAGUUUGGCAGUGAUCUCUUUGACGAAGCCGAUUUCGGGGUAGCUGAGACUGAUACAGGCAACCCCGAUGAGAUUGUAGUAUACACAGAACCUCACGGAGAACAGCAGCGCCAUGCGCCAAUGAACGGCCCAGCGGCUCAGAGAGGACCGCCUGUUCGAGCAGGUUUUAAUCCCGCUGUCGUAACACCAUCAAAACCAGAGCGAUGGAACGGCACAGGCCAAGCGGGCCGACCUGAUCCCUUAAAUGCGCGACAGAACCCAUCGGCUAUCCCGUCUCCAGCCACGUUACAAGGUCGACCAAUGAUUGCUCAAGGUCAUGGUCAAAAUCUUGCAAACUCCAGAUCAUCCGUUCCACCACAACAAUCAGUUGGCCAGAAUGCUCUACAAAACAAGAUUCCCCAGCCUCCGGUCAAAAGGGACACCGGCCCCGGGGUAUCCUCGGGGAACCAGGACAUGAACCCACCGCAAGGCACGCCGUCAACGGGUUUCUUUUCCGCCAGAGCAGUGGAUCUUUUGCGCGAAAACCCAAAUUCCAUCCCAUCGGGAGCGCCUCCAUUCGAUCCACACGCAGAGAGCCCCUCCAUCCGCAAGACGGCUGGUGUAGAUCAUACCAAAAGCAUUCCAAUUGCCAGGCCGAUGCUGUCGAGCGCCUCCCCAGCACCCUCACCAGCACCCUCACCAGCACCAUCCAACAAUAACAACAACACACGCGAUUUUGUCAAUCCUGCAUCAGAUCUGCAGCGCAGGGUCGGUGCUCCUAGCGGUGGAGUUAACAGCCCGGUCAAUAGAGGUCUCUCUGUCUCAUCAUAUCGACCAUUGACCCGGCCCAACAUCGAUCAAAGGAACGUUUCCAACCCAGCGGUGGUUCACCGAGGCAGCAUGCCAUCCCAGCAGAAUCAUAACGGAAAACGACCUCCGUUGGUGGACGUCACCAAUGCUGAUGCUAAACCUGGCGCACAUGUCCCGGCUCCCGGUCCAACUGACCCAAAACGGCCCCGAGUCUCGGAUGCUGACUCUGGGCCUUCUUCUGGGCCUCGCCCACCAACGCAGUAA